UAAAAAGUAAGAAACAAAUUGUCGUUACUUCUCCUCUCUGUCUCUAUUCUUUUUCGCGGCAUUGCCCCCUCUGGUUUAAUGGCGGGAAUAUUACGAAGUUCACUUCAGCUUCAGCCGCACAAUUUCUAGGGUUUGAUUAUUGUCGCCAUCGGAAAACGUUUCCCGCAUUUUCUGUUGGUUCCACCGGAAGAGAUGCCGACAUACAGGAUUAGGGGCAUCGAUGUUGAUUUUCCAUUCGAGGCCUACGAUUGCCAACUCGUUUACAUGGAAAAAGUCAUUCAAGCCCUCCAAGAGAAAUGUAAUGCACUGCUGGAGAGUCCCACAGGAACUGGGAAAACCCUGUGCCUUCUAUGUGCUACCUUGGCUUGGAGGAAGAGUUUGGGUGGUUUCUCAACUGGUGUAAAUUUGAAGAGCAGUCAGAAUGCCGGAGGCUCAGAAGAAUCACCAUCACAAUCUGGGAGCUCCAAUCUUCCCACCAUCAUUUAUACAUCACGUACUCACAGCCAGAUUCGUCAAGUAAUCAAAGAGUUGAAAAGAAGCUCGUACAGACAUAGGCUGUGGACUCAAUUUAUGGACAAUCUACUUGAAUUAAAUCAUGCUAAACUAGCUGAACAUCUGGAUUGGUGUAGGCCCAAAAUGGUAGUAUUAGGGUCUCGAGAGCAGUUAUGUAUUCAUGAGCAAGUUAGUUCACUCCAUGGGAAAGCGCAAUCAAAUGCGUGCCAAAUGCUUCGUAGAAAUCGUCAAAGGCGUGAAGAGCAUGAAAAACAAGAAAAUCAGGGAAGACCUCGCUGCGCCCACUAUUUGCAUGUUGCUGAUUACUUGAAGAGCAAUCCUCAUCUUGGAGAUGAACCAAUAGAUAUUGAGGAUUUGGUCAAUAUCGGAAAAUCAUUUGGGCCGUGCCCCUAUUAUAUGUCACGGGAGAUUCAUAAAGUUGUUGACAUAUUGUUUGCACCAUAUAACUAUCUCAUUGAUCGUGCAUAUAGAAAAUCUCUAACAAUAAAUUGGCAGAACAGUGUACUUAUAUUUGACGAAGCUCAUAACUUGGAAGGCCUAUGUGCUGAUGCAGCUUCUUUUGACUUGUCUUCUAAGCUUCUUACGGCUUGCAUUUCUGAAGCGAAAAAUUGUAUUGAUAUUUCUGUAAAAAGAAGGCAAGCUUCUGAUGAUAAGUCAAAUAACCCAGAUAAUUUUGCAAUUCUUAGAGCACUACUUUUAAAGCUUGAGAAGCGGAUUGCGGAAGUGCCUAUUGAAUCCAAGGAUUUGGGGUUCACUAAACCUGGACCUUACAUCUAUGAAUUACUAGCUGAUUUAAAUAUCACUCCUAAUACUUCAUCCAAGCUUGUUGGGAUAAUUGAUGAAGCAACUCAACUUUUGGAAGAAGAUAACCAGCUACAAGGGAAAAACAGUGCCUGUCGGCUGGAAAGUAUUGGCAGCAUGCUUAAUUUAAUUUUCAGACAGGACAAUUCUCAUGCAAAAUACUAUCUUGUUCACGUGCAGGAAGUUGAUGCUAGUGCAUCGGAUGGUUUAAGAGGUAAGGCAUCUAGGACACUUAGCUGGUGGUGCUUUAAUCCGGGAAUUGCUAUGGAGGAAUUCUCUAAAUUGUUUGUGGGUUCUAUUAUAUUAACAUCUGGUACAUUAUCUCCGAUGGAUUCAUUUGCUCAGGAACUGAAACUAGACUUUCCUGUGAGGUUGGAGAACCCUCAUGUUAUAAACUCUAAUCAGAUAUGGGCUGGAGUUGUACCAGUUGGUCCCUCAGGUUACUCUUUCAACUCCUCAUACAGGAGUCGUGACACUCUUGAAUACAAGCAAGAGCUCGGUAAUGCCAUGGUCAAUUUUGCUCGAAUUGUUCCUGAUGGGCUGCUUGUAUUCUUUCCAUCUUACUACCUUCUGGACCAAUGCAUUGGGUGCUGGAAGACUGCGAGUCUUGCUAAUUCAACAACAAUAUGGGAAAGAAUCUGCAAGCAUAAGAAACCUGUUGUAGAACCUAGACAAUCUUCUUUGUUUUCUGAGUCAAUUGAGGAUUACAUGGCCAAGCUGAAGGACACUUCAAGUUCUGGUGCAAUAUUUUUUGCUGUGUGCCGUGGCAAGGUAAGUGAAGGAUUAGAUUUUGCCGAUCAUGCUGGAAGAGCUGUCAUCGUUACUGGUAUGCCAUUUGCCACAUUGACAGAUCAUAAGGUUCGUCUGAAACGCUUGUUCUUGGAUGAACAAGCGCAACGCCUAAGAGAAGCAUGCAAGACAGAAGUUCUUACUGGGGAAGAAUGGUACAGUCAACAAGCAACACGAGCAGUAAAUCAGGCUGUUGGACGAGUAAUCCGGCAUCGCCAUGACUAUGGAGCAAUCAUCUUUUGUGAUGAGAGGUUUUCACAUUCAAAUCGUCAGUCUCAAAUUUCACUUUGGAUCCAACCUCAUCUCAAGUGCUACUCCAAAUUUGGGGAUAUAGUUUUUACAUUGACCCGUUUUUUUCGUGAUGGAAAAAAUUUGGGUCCCACAAAGCUGGAGUUACCAAAAACCGAGAAACUGGGAGACUUGAAUUCUAGCAUAAAAUCAGCAGCACUUAAGCACAUCAGUGAAGCCCCAUUGGAUAAUAUAUCAUCUCUCUUAGCCUCAUCAAUGUCAGCUGAUGCAGGAAAUGCAACUGAAAAGUUAGAAGACUUCACACGCUUGACAGCAGCAGUGGGUGAAGAUUUUUCUAUUUUGUUGGAGAAAGUUCAACCUGCAAAUCGCGCAUCUCUUUCUUGCUGCAAAGAUAAAUCUUCAAUAUUGACUAGUUCAAAUGAACAGAUUUGCAAUGAGAAAAAGUUGCUCAUUUCUGCAGGGAGGGCUCAGUACCAAAAUGUUAAAUGUGAUUCUCUCGAUAAUAAUUCUAUAUUAGACAGAGAAUCAUUUAGAGGACUAUUAGCUCCUUGUCCUUCCAAGAAGCGGAAAUCAAUAGGCACAAAGCCUAGUGUAUCGCUUCAUGAAAGUUUUAGUGAUUAUUCAUCUCGUAUGAGAAAUUCGGAGCCCAAUUCUUCAUCUUCUAAAUCUCAGGAAUGCGACAAGGGUAUUGAUUCUGCAGAAAGAAGUAUACAAAGUGCUCAGGUUGAUAAUGUGGAAGCCAGAGGAUCUGAAUUCCUGAUUCAGGUUGGAGAGAAACUUAGUAUUUCUGAGUAUAAAGAAUUCGUGAAUUCCAUGAAGGCACUUAAAUCGAAAGCAGUCAAGAUAAAUGAAGUUUUUAGAUCUAUUGUCGGAAUUUUUUCUGGGCCUGAGCGGUUCCCUCUUCUCGUAAGGUUCAAGGAUUUUAUCCCUGCUAAGUAUCAUGCUCUCUAUGACCAAUAUCUUGGAGCAAAUGACAAGACAACUAAGAGUCCUGGGUUUUUCACUUGCCAUAUGCAGAAAAAUGAACCACCAGAAAGAAGACAAACCUAAAGUUAUAGUAUUAUUUCUUGCCAUUUUCGAAAGCAUACAGCCACUUCAUUUGGGGAUGCUACGAACUAGCAAAUGGCAGUGUUAAUUGUACAGAUCUGUACUUGAAAUAGUAGCUGCACUAUUCGAAGGUGGCCAUGAAUUGAAUUGUAGCUCGGUUUCUGCAUGGAUAAGCUUUCCAAGUUGUAACUGAAUAUUGGUCCAAAAUAGGCGACAAAGACUUGAAUCUAUCUAAUAAUAUUAAUAAAUUUAUUAUCUACUGAUGAUAUUUACACACUAUAAAUUUUGUCUUUACGAGUAAAAACUAAAGUCUUGAAGUU